AUGCUCUCAUUCCCAUCAACAAAGACAACAAAAUCAUUCAAGCAAGGAGCAAACUUGUCGAGUGUAUUAUCGAGUGAUUUUACUUCACUUUCUAUUGGACCUCAAGAUGAAGAUAAUGUUAUUCUUCAAGAUCCUUGUUUAGAUAUUUCAUACGGAUUGGAUGGACAACAAGGAUUUGCUCUUCCACCAUCACUCAAUAAUUCUGGUUUUAUACAUCAAAAGGAAAAAUUGGAAAAGACUUAUGCCAAGGGUACUACAACAUUAGGUUUUGUAUUUAAUAAGGGUAUUGUGAUUGCAGUCGAUUCCCGUGCUUCUAUGGGUAAUUACAUUUCAUCACAAAAUGUUAAGAAGGUCAUUGAAAUCAAUCCAUACCUUUUGGGAACUAUGGCUGGUGGUGCUGCUGAUUGUCAAUUUUGGGAACGUUAUUUGGGUAUGCAAUGUAGAUUGUAUGAAUUGAGAAAUAAGCGUCGUAUUUCUGUUGCUGCUGCAUCAAAGUUGCUCAGCAAUAUUGUAUAUCAAUAUAAGGAUCAUGGACUCUCUAUGGGUACUAUGAUUGCUGGUUGGGAUCACACAGGUCCAAACUUGUUCAUGGUUGAUAACGAUGGUACUCGUUUGAAGGGAACAAGAUUCUCAGUUGGUUCAGGAUCAUUAUAUGCCUAUGGUGUUUUGGAUCAAGGUUAUCGUGCUGAUUUGACAGAAGAAGAAGCUUGUGAAUUAGGUCGUCGUGCUAUUUAUCACGCUACUCACCGUGAUGCUUACUCUGGUGGUAUUAUCAAUGUAUAUUUGAUUCGUUCUGAUGGUUGGACAAAGAUUUCCAGCACUGACAUGAAUGAAUUGCACUAUGGUAAAUAUGCUCCUGAAAAGGGUAUUUUGGACAAUGUUCCAUUGCUCGAUGGCAAUUAAACUCUCUUCAUCUCUCUCAGAUGAAAAUGUAAUGUAUAGUUUGUAUCAAAUAAAUUCACUGUUACCAAUU